UUUUUUCUUAAAUAAAUAAAAAAUACCAAAAGAAGCGGAAACAGAGAAAAAGAGAGAAAAAAUGCUGAGUAGAUCAGUUGCAUCUGCUGUUUCACCGGUCUCUUCUUCUUCUCUCUUACCAAACUCAAAACCUAUCUUCUGUCUCAAAACCCUCUCCGGUUAUCGUUCUUCUUCUUUCUGCGGCGGCUCCUUUCGUAAAAUCAACCAUAAACCUCUUCGAAUGACUAGUUCUAAUAUGACUCCAAGAGCUAUGGCCACGCAACAGCUUGAAAACGCUGAUCAGCUCAUUGAUUCUGUCGAAACUUUUAUCUUCGAUUGUGAUGGCGUAAUCUGGAAGGGAGAUAAAUUGAUUGAGGGAGUUCCUGAAACUCUUGAUAUGCUUCGUGCCAAGGGAAAGAGGUUGGUUUUUGUCACAAACAACUCAACAAAAUCUAGGAAACAGUAUGGAAAAAAGUUUGAGACUCUUGGUCUGAAUGUUAACGAGGAGGAGAUAUUUGCUUCAUCUUUUGCUGCAGCUGCAUACUUGCAGUCUAUUAAUUUCCCAAAAGAUAAGAAGGUCUACGUGAUUGGUGAGGAAGGUAUCUUGAAAGAGCUCGAGCUUGCUGGUUUUCAAUACCUUGGAGGUCCGGAUGAUGGUAAAAGACAGAUUGAAUUAAAGCCAGGAUUUCUAAUGGAGCAUGAACAUGAUGUGGGAGCUGUUGUGGUUGGAUUUGAUCGCUAUUUCAACUACUACAAAAUUCAGUAUGGAACACUAUGUAUCCGAGAAAACCCAGGGUGUCUUUUCAUUGCUACAAACCGAGAUGCAGUCACUCACCUUACCGAUGCUCAAGAAUGGGCAGGUGGUGGUUCUAUGGUUGGUGCUCUUGUUGGAUCCACUCAACGUGAGCCUCUUGUUGUUGGAAAACCCUCAACUUUUAUGAUGGACUAUUUAGCAGACAAAUUUGGAAUCCAAAAGUCACAGAUAUGCAUGGUGGGUGAUAGAUUGGACACUGACAUUUUAUUCGGGCAGAAUGGCGGAUGUAAAACUCUGCUCGUCCUCUCGGGUGUUACUUCAAUCUCAAUGUUGGAAAGCCCUGAGAACAAGAUACAACCAGAUUUCUACACCAGCAAGAUCUCCGAUUUUUUGUCCCCGAAAGCAGCAACUGUAUAAUCAACUUCUUUUAUUUGCAGUGCCUUUGUGUGCAUCGCAAAUUAGAGAGCCAAUGAGUAUUGUUUUGGAAGAGUUUACAGAAUUGAACCAAGCUCUAAUCUGUAAGAGUAAGACUCUUUUUAUUGACUUUAAAUAUAAUUAUUCGUUUGUGGUUAUGUACAUAAACAAAAAAAAUGAUCUGCAUAACACAUUACAUAAUCAUGGUAACAGAGUUAAUAAACAUUCUUUCGCAA